AUGUACGGCAGAAGAUCAGGCGGAUUCGGUGGCUAUGGAGGUGGUUAUGGAGGUGGUUAUGGAGGUGGUCGAGGUUAUAGCAGUCGUGGAUAUAGCAACUACGCAUCCUCCAGCUCUACAGGUUACGGCUCCAGCUAUACCACACAAACAAGGUCAAAUAAAGGCAAGGCUUAUGCUCUGUCACCCUAUACAUAUAGUGGACACUAUCAAAACCAACAACCUUCGAGAAAUCCUCAAAAAAAGUCAUCACCAUCAACAUCACAACUGCAGUAUGGACAAUCUUCAAAUUAUCAAAAUAAUAAUUCAUCUAAUCAACAGUCUCGUCAAAAAGACAGUGAUUAUUAUCAACGUCGAAACCAAAACAAUCCCAAUUAUACUAGGAAAACAGAAGGAACAACAACAGGUACUCUGAAUUAUCAACAAAAACAGUAUCAAAAUAAACUGCAGAGUCAAUACCAACAGAGAUAUGGCCAACAACCACAGAAUAAAAAAACAGUAAAUCAGAAUAUCAACGUCAACAAAACAGUGCAACAACCCCAAAUGCAACCUUUGCGUAGAAGAAAUGGCUUUUGGAGAAUGAUGAGAUGGCCACUUAUGUUUCUGCUCUUUCGAAGUGUCAGAAGACCGCAUGAUCAAACAGUGAUUGUGCAACAAGUUCCAGUUCCAGUUGCAGGUCCAGAUGCAGGUCAAGCACCAACACCAGGACAAAGACCACACGACCAACGACACGAUCAACGACACGAUCAAAUGCACAGACUGCAACCCAAUUCCAACAAUAGUGAUACUUUUAAUUUCCAGCAGUCAGGACAUGCUAGAUCUCAAUCGACAGGGGUAUCUGAUCAAAUAACACCAUUUAACACCAAUGAUUUUAUAUCUGCCUCUUCAAACUAUGCUUCGAUCGGAAGUGACGAAAAUGGUUUGCUGGAAAGCGAAAGAGAAAUUCGCAGUGGCCAAAAUAUCUCGUACAGCAGUGGAGGAGGUUUCAACGAAGAAGACUCAAGACUUGAUCAAACCAACUUGAGUACUGCGCAUAAAACAAGGAACCCUUUUGUUAUCGAUAACUCGGCAUUCUCGAGAAAUGAAAUUAACUCUACGAGUGGAACGCAAAUGCAAUCUAAUCCAUCAUUAAUCAAACACCCCAUCCCUCAAAAACAGAAUAGAGUUAGUGCCACUGCGAGAAGUGCACUGGCGCCAAUCUCUGAGCAUUCAAUACAAAGACGUGAGCGAUGUGUUGCAUCGACACCGACAUCGACAUCUGCAUCCGCUUCUCACGUCAACAAUACGCCAUAUCAGUUGACCCCACAGAGGUCGCUCGUAGCUUAG